UUGCCAUGAAUUCAUUACAACUUGGCGCCAUUUCAACGCACCACUCGUACAAGGCUAGAUUUUCUUGCCAGCGGCGCCGCUUGUAAACGACUGCCGAUCUCCGAGUCCUCGGGAGAACGAUUGAUCGAAGUUCAGACGGAGGCUCGCUCUCAUACAAUUCUCAUGGCGAAACGACGGAGCGAGGACCCGUAGACUUGCAAACCCGCUGUCACUUGCCGUGGCACUUGCGCCCCCGGAAUGGCAUCUACCACAGUGUCCCGCAAUGGAACCAUGAGCGUGCACCUGACACCGCCGCACGGAGAUACUGAACUGCUGAGCGGCUGGCGCAAGAAAAUGCUCUAUGUGCUCGUGGCUACCACCAUCAUCAUAACGUCGCUGAACGCCUCGUUGUUAAUGUGGACCAUAAAGGUCCUAGACCUGAGCUCGGAUGGGCCAGGUGUUUUGACUUUGACAACUAACGGCAUGAAAAUCAGUGGGCAUGGCCAGUUCUUGGAUGUACUUACCCUUAAACGAAUUCAGCAUAAGGCUCAGGAGAAAGGUCUAAUAAUAGAGUCGGCCGGAGACGUCAAGCUGCAAUCACUGAACAGACAGGGUCGCUAUCACAACAGUUUGACCCUUGGCUCUGGAAUUCUAGAAUCACGUGGUAGUCACUUCUUGGUGCGAAAUCCUCAGGAUAAUGUCUUAUUUCGAAGCGACCCAUCUGAAGUUGUCGUAGCAACUGACAAUCUCCGAAUUUCCACGAAGGCUGGAUUUCAGCUGGAUGGAUCCCUGCACGCCGAAGUCGUCAGAGGUGGUUCAACCCGAGACCUCAAGGUCGAAUCCCCGACAAAGCGAAUAAGUGUCCACGGAGAAGAGCAGGUUUCCAUGGUUGCCCGUGCCGGUGACACACUAGUCACAUCUCUUCAAGAUAUCCAUUUACACACCAGGAAAGGACAGAUUGUGGUGGACUGCAGCAGACUAGAGAUCAAAGACCUUGAAGUGGCCGAUCCUACUGUUCGUUCAACAGACGUGCGCGUCUACCAGCUCUGCUCUUGCGACGACGGCAUGCUCUUUCUCACACCUUCGGAACGGCACUGCCGAGCUUCAACAGACCUCUGUUCGAGCCUUCCGGCACCGUCGAACACUGCAUGAAACCACGAAAUGUAGUAUGCCAGCCAAUAACGUAGCGUAACAUUGAAUACAGCACUGCCUGAA